UUUUAUUUCUCCUUGUAUUUUCAAGUACCAUCGUUAUUUCAGUAACCUGGUGAAAAUUCACUGACCACUACCAAGACCUUGCUAACAGCGUGAACAACACUGGAGGUCAAUGAAACUAGGAGGUUUCAGUUUUUAUUAAUUUCCUGAAAGUUUCUUAUUUCUAGAAGUGAAAAGCACUUGAUUCUCGGUGUUUAUUCACGCAUUCUUAGCGUUGACAUUUUUCAUUUUCCUUUGAUCUAGUAAUUUUGCAUUGUUGGUCUAUUUCGUUGAAAAAUUUUGGAAAUAAAGAGAUAAACAAGAAAAGUAUCUUUUAAUUGUAACAACAUUUCGAAAAUAAUACUCGUUUGUUGGAAAUCGAACAAAAUCCACUUCUUUUACUGUCGGUCUUUAUAUUUAUAAUAAGUCGAUCUAUCUGGCUUUACCUUGUAUUAUAUAUUAAAAGGACAAAAAUUAGUUUAUCAUGGAUAUUCAUCGUUGUCGUUUCGUUGAGUACACCCCUUCACCCAUUACUGCUCUUGCAUUUUCGCAUCAACUUUCUUCACAAGAUCCUUUGCCAUCUAAUUUACAUUUGGCAGUUGGACGCGCUAACGGAAAUAUUGAAAUAUGGACACCAAAAGGAGACUGGUGCUUGAAGGGCGUCCUCUAUGGUGGUGUAAAUCGAAGCGUAGAAGGUCUUGCUUGGAGUGUAAGUGAUGAAGAGUUACGUUUAUUUAGUAUUGGAUUUUCUACUUCCAUCACCGAAUGGAAUUUACAAACCGGUAAACCAUUAGUGCAUCAAGAUUCUAAUGCUGGUGCGAUUUGGUCUAUUUCGCUUCAUGAGGAAACAAACACUUUAGCUGCUGGCUGUGAUGACGGUAGUUGCGUCUUGUUUGACAUUAGUGGAGGACGUGGUGUAAUAGAGUAUAAGCGUACCUUGAUGCGACAGACUUCUCGUAUCCUUUCAUUAUGUUGGCAAGGGAAGAACCAUCUUGUCGGUGGAUGUGCAGAUGGAAUUGUCAAAGUUUGGGAUGUCGAAAGCCCAAAUUCCACAAUCAUAGCUCGAAUGCAAGUUGAUCGUGCCAAGAAGGGAAGCCGUUCCCUCGUUUGGGAUGUUAAAUCCCUUAAAGAUAAUACAAUUGUCACGGCAGAUUCUUCCGGAGCGGUCAAGUUUUGGAACGGAAAGUACUUUACUCUUACCCAGUCAUUCAAGCUGCAUUCGGCUGAUGUACUGACUUUAGCUGUCUCUAGCAAUGGUAAUAUCGUAUUUUCUUCUGGUAUUGAUCGCAAGACGGUUCAGUAUACAAGAGACGGUGGCAAGCGUGAAUGGGUAAGCAAUAGCUUCCGGAGAUUUCAUUCGCAUGAUGUUCGCUGCAUGUCUAUUCUUGAAUGUAAGACUGUAGAUGUUUUGGUUUCUGGUGGUGCAGAUAUGAUGCUUGCUGUGGUGCCCGUUCGUCAAUUUAAUGCGAAACAUCACCGAAUGAUUCCAGCUGUUCCGCAAAAGCCUCGUAUGGCAAUUGCUACACAAGCUCGUUUAUUUAUGUUAUGGGAGGAUCAUCAAGUUUUAGUUUGGCGAAUUGGUUCUCCGGGUUACCGCUUCCUCCUAAAAAUUGUUUUACAAGACGAAGAAAAUAUCGUUCAUGCCGCGAUAUCCCAAAAUGGGGAGUUGCUUGCAGUAUCUACAAUUCAAACGACUAAGCUCUACCGUGUUCAUUACACUGAUGACAAGGUCUAUGUGGAAAGUGUUGAAGAUCCCUUUUUGUCUAGCGUUGGAGCAACCUUAUUGCAGUUUACGGUAGACAUGAAGAAACUCAUUUUAAUUAGCAACGAAUCUGACAUUUUCUUGCUCGAUUUGAGUCGAAUUGAAACACACCAGCUUGAAGUUUUUGAGGUUUCUCAACCUGAAACCAAAAAAGCACCUUCCAAAUACAGAGGGGCUGUUCAGAGUGCAUGCGAGGGGAUAGCCACCGUCUCCGUUUCACCAGAUGGUGAUUAUUUUGCUAUUGCUGAUUUGCAUGGAAAUACGUUUUGCUAUUCAUUCUCAACGUUGUCAUACAUAGAAUUACCUCGAGUAAACAGUUUUGUACGAGCUAUGGCUUUCCGAUCAGAUAUCCCUGGUCGUUUAGCUGUUGUGACAGCAGGUAAUCAGGUUUUCGAGUUUGAUGUUCAAAGUCGAAAGCUAACUGAGUGGUCUAAAACAAAUUCAAACAAUAUGCCAAAGCCAUUUGCACAUUUAUUGGACAAGCCCUUUGGUGCGUUUUUUGAUAUCCAAAAUCCCAGCCGAUUCUGGAUUUGGUCAGCAAACUAUGUGUCUUUCUUCGACCUAAGUUUGAAUCUUCCAACAAAUCGAAAUGCCGAAAAACGUAAAAUGGAGGGAACUGUUGAUGGUACUUCUUCCACAAAGCAACGUUCUUCUGUUCAAAAUGCCACAUCUUUAUCCACUUUUGGAACUGGUGCGUCAAGAUCAUUCUGGAUAACACAUAAAUAUCGACCUAUGUUACUAGUUGGCUUGGUAGGAUCAACUGAGCUUCUCGUUAUAGAAAGGCCGAUAGCUGAUAUAUUAAUGAGCACAGAUGUUCCAGGUACAUUUUACGAGCAUAGAUUUGGCGCUUGAGGAGUUUAUUUUGUUUUAGAAAAAUUUUGAAUAGGGAAAAGUUUUCUUGGGUAGGAAAUGAAUAUAUGGAAUGGUUAAAGGAAUA